CAAUCUUCCAUUAUAAUGGUCCUCAUUAGAAGGGCUCCAUAUAGUGGAAGAUUGAAUCUUUUUAUUUAUACCCAAAAGAUGAAAAUUUUGACUCUAGCUAUCAUCGUACCCACUCCUCUCUUGCUCUGGCUGAGGCACCUGGCAGAAAGAAAAUGGCACCUCCUUGUCAUAAGUUUGGUACUUUUGUUAGCUGUGCUAGUGCUGGGGUUAAGCCUACCAUCUCCAGAUGCCAUUCGGAUCAAUAAGGUCAAGACCAGGACUAGUGUUUAUGUCUCCCCUAAGUUUGUGUUGGAACCAGGGUCAGUUGCAGACAAGUAUUUCUAUAACAUUCACUUCCCAAGAGGUCAUAUUGCUAUGAAGUAUUUCAAUGCUGAAGUGAUCGAUGAAGAAGGGAAUCCUAUUCCUCUUCAUGAGACUUAUCUGCAUCAUUGGGUUAUUGAAAGAUAUUAUGCCCAGGCAAGUUAUGUGGAACCGGAGCUGAGUGGUUUCGAGGAUAUUAAAGAUCCGGAUUUUAAGAUUGUGAGAAAUAGUGGAUUGUGCCAGAAUAAUGUUCUUGGUCAGUACUAUGGACUCGGGUCAGAAACUAGAAAGACAGAUACACAUGUACCGGAUCCUUUUGGAAUAGAGAUUGGCAACCCUGCAGAGAUUCCUGCUGGAUAUGAGGAGAGAUGGAUGCUCAAUGUUCAUGCUAUUGAUACUCGGGGCGCAGAGGAUAGGUUGGGAUGCACUGAAUGCAGGUGUGAUCUGUAUAAUGUAACAAAAGAUGGAUGGGGCCAGCCGUUGAGGCCAGGGUACACAGGGGGUUUGCACUGCUGUUAUGAUGGUACGAAGUGCAGCGUAAAACAAGGCUACAAUGGUGUCAAGAGAAGCCUCUACUUGAGAUACACUGUGAAGUGGGUUGAUUGGUCUGAUUCUAUUGUGCCUGUCAAGAUUUAUAUCUUUGAUGUCACUGAUAGAACGGAUCAUUCAGGAGGACCGUCUCUUCAACAUGAUUGCCGGAACGAAUAUAAUGUUGAGCCUUGCAGUGUUGUUGAUUUGGUAAAUGAUCAAUGCUUUGACAAUCAAAGGGCAAUGAUUACUAUGCCAACUGGUGGUUAUAUCGUCUAUGGUGUAGCCCAUCAGCACACUGGGGGGCGCGGCUCAACUCUAUAUGGAGAGGACGGACGGGUUCUAUGUUCAUCAGUACCAAUAUAUGGGCAAAGCGAGGAAGUAGGAGACGAGGCUGGUUACAUUGUAGGAAUGUCAACUUGCUAUCCACAUCCGGGCUCUGUCAAAAUAAAGGAUGGGGAGACUCUGGUUGUGGGAUCUAAUUACAGCAGCUCGCGGCCGCAUAUCGGAGUCAUGGGCCUCUUCUACAUUUUGGUUGCAGAGCACUUGCCAAAGUCCUCCUUGCUUAGCUUGGACUCUUCACUUAUUUGGGGGUCUUAUCAGCUAAAGCUGCUAGUUUCUUUGUCAACUGCAGUUAGAAAGAAAUUGGCAAUGGCUGGAGAACUCUUAUUAUUAACUGCAAUGGAGUUUCAAGUAUUUGAUGGCGAAAUGCAGAGAAACAAAAUGGCACCUUCUUUUCAAAGUUUGGUUCUUUUGUUAGCUGUGCUAGUGCUGGGAUUAAGCCUACCAUGGUCAGAUGCUAUUCGGAUCAAUAAAGUUAAGACCAGGACUAGCGUUUAUGUCUCCCCUAAGCUUGUGUUGGAACCAGGGUCAGUUGCAGACAAGUAUUUCUAUAACAUUAACUUCCCAAGAGGUCAUAUUGCUAUCAAGUAUUUCAAUGCUGAAGUGAUCGAUGAAGAAGGGAAUCCUAUUCCUCUUCACGAGACUUAUCUGCAUCACUGGGUUCUUGGAAGAUAUUAUGGCAGGACAAGUUAUGUGGAACCAGAGCAGAUUGGGUUCGAUGAUAUUGACGAAUCAGAUUUUCAGUUCGUGAGAAACAGUGGUUUGUGCCAGAAUAAUGUUCUUGGACAGUACUAUGGACUCGGGUCAGAAACACGAAAGACAGACACACAUGUACCGGAUCCUUUUGGAAUCGAGAUUGGCAACCCUGCAGAGAUUCCUGCUGGAUAUGAGGAGAGAUGGAUGCUCAAUGUUCAUGCUAUUGAUACUCGGGGCGCAGAGGAGAGGUUGGGAUGCACUGAAUGCAGGUGUGAUCUGUAUAAUGUAACAAAAGAUGGACGAGGUCGGCCGUUGAGGCCAGGAUACACUGGGGGUUUGCACUGCUGUUAUGAUGGUACACGGUGCAGCGUAAAACAAGGCUAUAAUGGUGUCAAGAGAAGCCUCUACUUGAGAUACACAAUGAAGUGGGUUGAUUGGUCUGAUUCUAUUGUGCCGGUCAAGAUUUAUAUCUUUGAUGCCACUGAUAGAACGGAUCAUUCUUCUCUUCAACAUGAUUGCCGGGUCGAAUAUAAUGUUGAGCCUUGCAGUACUGUUGAUACGGUAAAUGGUCAGUGUUUUGACAAUCAGCGGGCAAUCGUUACUAUGCCAACUGGUGGUUAUAUCAUCUAUGGUGUAGCCCAUCAGCACACUGGGGGGCGUGGCUCAACUCUAUAUGGAGAGGACGGACGGGUUCUGUGUUCAUCAAUACCAAUUUAUGGACAAAGCGAGGAAGUUGGAGAUGAGGCUGGUUACAUUGUAGGAAUGUCCACUUGCUAUCCACAUCCGGGCUCUGUCAAAAUAAAGGAUGGGGAGACUCUGGUUGUGGGAUCUAAUUACAGCAGCUCACAGCGGCACACAGGAGUCAUGGGUCUCUUCUACAUUUUGGUUGCAGAGCACCUGCCAAAGUCCUCCUCUUUUAGCUUGGACUCUUCGCUUUGAAUUCAGGGGUGUUAUCAGCUAAAGCUGCUAGUUUCUUUAUCAACAGCAUUGAGAAAGAAAUUGGCAAUGGCUCAAGAUUGAUGUUGGUCUGAACUUUUACGUACUAGUUAUGUGAUUAGAGCAUCUUGAAUCUACCUUUUCACUGGCACUGUGAUAUGUAGACGUUUUGUAACCAAUGUGCGCUCUCCUAUAUCAAUAAUUUCAGAGUAUGGCAUUGGCAUCAAAUAAUUAAGUGUAGUCUCACUCAAUAGAUUCUGAAUUCGAAUUUCUUCCUAGAUUGUGAUUGGAAUAUAUAGAUUUAGAAAGUUUGAAACGUGUG